AUGAAGGAACCUUAUCUCAAGGAGCUGGAGAAUUCUGCUCAAAUAUUCAAUGCCUUGUCAGAUAUUCCUGGAGGAAUUGAUGAUGUCGAUGCAUUGCUAGAGAUCGCUCGACAUUUCAUGCAAAUGGAUCCCAAACUGAGUUCUGAAUUAACUUUAGUAGCUAAUUAUUCAAUGGAAAGUCAUGCUUCUGAUCAUAUAAACUAUAUAAAUGUAUCAAAGAAUAGAAAAAGGAGGGCAAAAGCUCUUUUAGAUUUCGAAAGACAUGACGAUGAUGAAUUGGGAUUCAGAAAAAACGACAUCAUCACGAUAAUCAGUCAGAAAGAUGAACAUUGUUGGAUAGGAGAAUUGAACGGUCUAAGAGGAUGGUUUCCCGCCAAGUUCGUCCAUAUGUUAGACGAGAGAAGUAAAGAAUACAGCUGUGCUGGUGACGAUAGUAUAUCAGAAACUGUUACUGAUCUAGUGAGAGGCACAUUAUGUCCUAUGAUAAAGCAAGUUCUAGAACAUGGGAUGAAACGUCCGAAAUUUUUAGAUUUAUUUGGCUUCUUCAAUUCUGGCAUGAAUAUCAUGCCUCGUACAAUUUUCUACAUCAUCGAGGAAGGGAAAAUGAAAGACAUUUGUGACCCCUCUUCUGCUCAAAUAUUUGACUUCGAAUAUACUUUCAGGUAUCAUCCUUGGUCUUUCGUUUAUAGCCCCGGCUGGGUGCAAAUAAAGUGCGAGCUCCGGAUAUUGUCUCAGUUGCCGUUCAACCUGAAUCCCGAUUGGGAAUUGCCUAUGAGGAAAGAUACAAACAAUCAGCCCCUGAAAGACGGUGUUCGUGAUAUGCUAGUGAAACACCAUUUGUUCAGUUGGGACAUAUGA